CGGUAGAGCGACGGCCGGAGGCGGCGGCGAAGGCCCCGGCGGGCCUCUUGCUUUCAGUUUGGCCUUGACUGCAAAUUAGGAUUGACUGGCGAAAUGGGAGUCCCCAAGUUUUACCGUUGGAUCUCGGAGAGGUACCCCUGCCUCAGCGAAGUGGUGAAAGAGCAUCAGAUCCCUGAAUUUGACAAUUUAUACCUGGAUAUGAAUGGAAUUAUACAUCAGUGUUCCCAUCCUAAUGAUGAUGAUGUUCACUUCAGGAUUUCAGAUGAUAAGAUCUUUACUGAUAUUUUCCACUAUCUGGAAGUGUUGUUUCGCAUUAUUAAACCUAGGAAAGUGUUCUUCAUGGCUGUUGAUGGUGUAGCCCCUCGAGCAAAAAUGAAUCAGCAGCGUGGGAGGCGUUUUCGGUCAGCAAAGGAGGCAGAAGACAAAAUAAAAAAGGCAAUAGAAAAAGGAGAAACUCUUCCUACAGAGGCCAGAUUUGAUUCCAACUGUAUUACACCAGGGACUGAAUUUAUGGCCAGGUUACAUGAGCACUUGAAGUAUUUUGUAAAUAUGAAAAUUUCAACAGACAAGUCAUGGCAAGGAGUUACCAUCUACUUCUCAGGCCAUGAGACUCCUGGAGAAGGAGAGCAUAAAAUCAUGGAAUUUAUCAGAUCUGAGAAAGCAAAACCAGAUCAUGAUCCAAAUACCAGACACUGUCUUUAUGGUUUAGAUGCUGAUUUGAUUAUGCUUGGAUUGACAAGUCAUGAGGCACAUUUCUCACUUUUAAGAGAAGAAGUUCGGUUUGGUGGCAAAAAGACACAAAGAGUAUGUGCACCAGAAGAAACCACAUUUCACCUUCUCCACUUGUCUUUAAUGAGAGAAUAUAUUGACUAUGAAUUUUCAGUAUUAAAAGACAAGAUCACAUUUAAAUAUGACAUUGAAAGGAUAAUAGAUGAUUGGAUUUUAAUGGGAUUUCUCGUUGGCAAUGAUUUUAUCCCUCAUCUACCUCACUUACAUAUUAAUCAUGAUGCAUUGCCUCUUCUUUAUGGAACAUAUAUUACCAUCUUGCCAGAACUUGGAGGCUAUAUUAAUGAAUGUGGACAUCUCAGUUUACCUCGAUUUGAGAAAUACCUAGUAAAAUUAUCAGAUUUUGAUCGGGAGCACUUCAGUGAAGUUUUUGUGGACUUAAAGUGGUUUGAAAGCAAAGUUGGUAACAAGUAUCUGAAUGAAGCAGCAGGUGUUGCAGCAGAAGAAGCCAAGGUCUACAAGGAAAAGAAAAAAUUAAAGGGCCAGGAAAACUUAUGUUGGGCUGCUUUAGACAAAAAAGAACUGGUGACUUCAAAGGAUAAUUUAGAAGAUGAGACUGAAGAUGAUGACCUAUUUGAAACAGAAUUUAGACAAUAUAAGAGAACAUAUUACAUGACAAAGAUGGGAGUGGACAUAGUAUCUGAUGACUUUCUGGCUGACCAAGCUACAUGUUAUGUUCAGGCAAUACAAUGGAUUUUGCAUUAUUACUAUCAUGGAGUUCAGUCCUGGAGCUGGUAUUAUCCCUACCAUUAUGCACCUUUUCUUUCUGAUAUUCGCAACAUUAGUACACUCAAAAUCCAUUUUGAACUAGGAAAACCUUUUAAGCCAUUCGAACAGCUUCUUGCUGUGCUUCCAGCAGCUAGCAAAAAUUUACUUCCUGUAUGCUACCAGCAUUUAAUGACCAGUGAGGAUUCGCCAAUUAUAGAAUAUUAUCCACCUGAUUUUAAAACUGACCUAAAUGGGAAACAGCAGGAAUGGGAAGCUGUGGUACUAAUACCUUUUAUUGAUGAGAAGCGAUUGUUGGAAGCUAUGGAGACUUGUAAUCACUCUCUUAAAAAAGAAGAAAAGAAAAGAAACCAACAUAGUGAGUGCCUCAUGUGCUGGUAUGACAGAGAUACAACAUUCACCUACCCCUCUCCAUGGCCAGAAAAGUUCCCUGCAAUAGAACGAUGUUGCACAAGGUAUAAAGUAAUAUCACUGGAUGCCUGGCGUGUAGACAUAAGCAAGAACAAAAUAACCAAGGUUGAUCAGAAAGCAUUGUAUUUCUGUGGAUUUCCUACUCUGAAACACAUCAAACACAAAUUCUUUUUGAAGAAAAGUGGGGUUCAAGUAUUUCAGCAAAGCAGCCGUGGAGAGAACAUGAUGUUGGAAAUCUUAGUGAAUAUAGACUCAGAUGAACUUAGCAUAGAGAAUGUAGCUUCAUCAGUGCUUGGCAAGUCUGUCUUUGUUAAUUGGCCACACCUUGAAGAAGCUAGAGUUGUUGGUGUAUCAGAUGGAGAAACUAAGUUUUACUUGGAAGAACCUCCAGGAACACAGAAACUCUAUUUGGGAAGAACAGCACCUCCAUCUAAAUUGAUCCAUCUUGGAGACAAGGAACAGUCUAACUGGGCAAAAGAAGUACAAGGAAUUUCAGAAUACUACCUAAGAAGAAAAGGCAUAAUGGUAAAUGAAACAUCUGCUGUCGUGUAUGCUCAAUUACUCACAGGUCGUAAAUAUCAAAUAAAUCAAAAUGGUGAAGUUCGUCUAGAAAAACAGUGGUCAAAACAAGUUCUUCCAUUUGUUUAUCAAACUAUUGUCAAGGACAUUCGUGCUUUCGACUCACGUUUUUCCAGUAUCAAAACAUUGGAUGAUUUGUUUCCUCCUGGAAGUAUGGUCUUUAUGAUUGGGACCCCCUACUAUGGCUGCACUGGAGAAGUUCAGGAUUCAGGGGAUGUGAUUGCAGAAGGUAGGAUUCGUGUGGUUUUCAGCAUUCCAUGUGAACCUACUCUUGAUGCUUUAAUACAGAACCAGCAUAAAUAUUCUAUAAAAUACAACCCAGGAUAUGUGUUGGCCAGUCGCCUUGGAGUGAGUGGAUACCUUGUUUCAAGGUUUACAGGAAGUAUUUUUAUUGGAAGAGGAUCUAGGAGAAACCCUCAUGGAGACCAUAAAGCAAAUGUGGGUUUGAAUCUCAAAUUCAACAAAAAAAAUGAGGAGGUACCUGGAUAUACUAAGAAAGUUGGAAGUGAAUGGAUGUAUUCAUCUGCGGCAGAACAGCUUCUUGCAGAAUACUUAGAAAGAGCUCCAGAACUGUUUAGUUACAUAGCCAAAAAUAGCCAAGAGGAUGUAUUCUAUGAAGAUGAUAUUUGGCCUGGAGAAAAUGAGAAUGGUGCUGAGAAAGUUCAAGAAAUUAUUACUUGGCUAAAGGGACACCCUGUCAGUACCUUGUCUCGGUCAUCCUGUGAUUUACAAAUUUUGGAUGCAGCCAUUGUUGAAAAAAUUGAGGAAGAAGUAGAAAAAUGCAAGCAAAGAAAAAAUAAUAAAAAGGUUCGAGUGACAGUAAAACCCCAUUUGCUAUACAGACCUCUGGAACAGCAACAUGGAGUCAUUCCUGACCGGGAUGCAGAAUUUCGCCUCUUCGACCGUGUUGUGAAUGUGAGAGAGAACUUUUCAGUUCCAGUUGGCCUUCGGGGCACCAUCGUAGGAAUUAAAGGGGCUAGUAGAGAAGCUGAUGUGCUGUUCGAAGUAUUAUUUGAUGAAGAAUUUCCUGGAGGCUUAACAAUAAGGUGCUCAUCUGGUAGAGGUUAUAGACUGCCAACAAGUGCCUUGGUGAACCUUUCUCAUGGGAGUCGCUCUGAAACUGGGAAUCAGAAGUUGACGGCCAUUGUGAAACCACAGCCUUCCAUGAGUCACUCUAGCUCACAUUCCUCAAUUCCAUCUGGGCAUUUGGGAGGCCUCAACCAUUCUCCUCAGUCACUGUUUGUUCCUACUCAAGUAUCCUCUAAAGAUGAUGAUGAAUUUUGUAACAUUUGGCAGUCACUACAAGGAUCCAGAAAGGGUCAGCACUUUCAACCAACUCUGCAAGAAAAGGGUGCAGUUCUGCCUCAAGAAAUAAGUCAAGUUACUCAACAUCACAAAUCCAGUUUUAGUGACAACAUUAAAUGUCAGCAAAGAAAAUCUGAGCAUCAUGGAAAAUUUAAAGAAGAGUAUAAGAGUUCUAAACCUGAUAGUCGACCACAAAAAAUGUCAAAUAAGCAGAUGUUUGGAGGGCCUGCCAAGUGUAAUAUUAAGCUGCUGAAGAGAAAUGAGAGUGCAGCAGCCUCAGGAAACCCUAAGGUUGUGACUGGUUAUCCAACUACUACUAAUAAGCCCAGCCCUGGAAUUGAGAACUUUUUAGCAUCUUUGAAUAUCCUCAAAGAAAGUGAAGCACAGCCAGCUCAUCAAGAAGAGCCUCCAACUGAAGAACAUUUGUCACCACAGUCAUUUGCUAUGAAAGGAACACGGAUGCUUAAAGAAAUUCUAAAAAUUGACAGCUCUGACACUGUGGACCAUAAGAAUGAAGUAAAACAGUCUGGUAAUGAAGUCACUAUUUCCAAUAGAAAAGAUGAAUACGAAUCUUCUUCACAGCCUAGACAAAAUAAAAAAUUAACAUCUUCUAUGAACAAGCCUCAUAGUACUAGUGAGUACCCUAAUAUUCAACCUGUGGACAAUGUGUGUUGGCCUGCUCCCAACCAGAUCCCUCCUGUUACCACACCAGUAACAGAACUUUCUCGAAUUUGUUCCCUUGUUGGAAUGCCACAACCGGAUUUCUCCUUUCUUAGAACAGCACAGACAAUGACAGUUUGCCAGGUAAAAUUAUCCAAUGGCUUAUUGGUACAUGGGCCACAGUGCCAUUCUGAAAAUGAGGCCAAGGAAAAAGCUGCAUUUUUUGCUUUACAACAAUUGGGAUCUUUAGGAGUGAAUUUCCCAUUGCCUCCACCAAUAUUUCCAAAUUAUCCUGCUGUGCCACCUGGAACCAUUCCUCCAGUUUUUCCCCAGUCUACUGCUAACAUAAUGUCUUCAUCACCUCAUCUCUUUGGGUCAAUGCCAUGGGGACCACCUGUGCCAGUUCCUGGGAAACCCUUCCAUCACACUUCAUUUUCUGGGACCAUGCCUAUACCUGGGGGAAUGCCAAGUGGUGUGCACAAUCAGUUCAUACCACUACAGGUUACUAAAAAAAGAGUUGCAAACAAGAAGAACUUUGAGAAUAAAGAAGCCCAUAUUUCUCAAGCCAUUCCACUGCAGACUAACCAAUCGGCACCUUCUGAUGUCACCAAAGUGAUUCCACAGGAGAGUGCUGCUACUUCCUUCAAAUCCUCUCAGGUUACUCAGCCUGCAUCUUCUCUUCAAGUUGAAGCUGCCUCCCAAGGCCAUAAUAUGUCUCAUCAUAAAUCAAACCCGAGUUCUUCAAGAAGAAAAACUAGAAAACUGGCUGUCAAUUUUGGCGUUUCUAAACCUUCUGAAUGAAUUUGGUACUUGGAAGUAAUUUCUUUCCUCUUUUAUUCACCUUUUUAUAAAUUCAUAUCUGUGUCUCAUAAAAUGUGCUGUCUUAAAGUGUUUUAAUUGAAAUUUCAUAUUUUUGUUGUUGAGCACUUUUCAUGCUGUUAAGGAGAUUAUAUAUAUCAAAUUGUACAUCUUGAACAUGCACAGUUUGAUUUACAUACUUAUACCUCAAUAAAGUGGUAAAGGAAAGAGUAAAACUCUGUAUUAAAAAAGUAAUCAGUUGAACUAAGCAUUAAAAUGUAGUUAUAGCUCAAACCAUUGGCCUCAUCUUUAGAAGCAUCCAAAACUGAACUCGACCUAAUGUUGCAAUAAUAAUAAAAAUUUUAUACUAUCUUGAGGAAUAAUUAAAUGGAGCAUGAAAAUGGGUCCUCAAGUAUAAUUUACUGAAUGUGGAUUUUAUUUCUCUUUUUAAUGAUGUAACAGAAUUGUCAGGAGAAUGACUCUUUAUUUGUAAGUAUUUUACUUCUUGGUCUCUGAGGGUCUUUAGACCUGCUGCGACAAUAUUACACAUGUUGUGGUGCUGCCAGUUUUGCUUUAUUCUAAAUUUUGUACCAAAGCAACUUUAGAAUACUGAUCAGAAUAUUUCAUUUUAACUGCUUAAACUAUGAAUAGCAAUCUAGAUUUAUGUAAAUACUUACAAUUUUUUAGAUUAUUCAAAACCAGCAACUAGUAAUUUCUAAUAAAAUUAAGUUUCAAAAUCUACAGGGUACAAAUUAAUCUCCUGAUAGAAUAAAGUACAAAAAUAUAAAUCAUGUUGAUUAACAUUGUUUGCUCUAUUCCUUUAUAUAGCUUUUUAUGUGCUCAUAUAUAUGUAUAUGUAUAUAUAUAUAUAUAUCUGAGAUAUCCAUUGUAGGACCACAUGUAGUGCUUCCUUGGAUAGAUGAAAUUAUAAAUUAUUUAAAAUUUCAAGGUGUGCUGUAAUACAGGUGCAGUUUGUGAUGCAUUUUAUUUACAUGACAAACACCUGUCUCGCUUUAUGCUGAACUGUUCAGUGAUUGGCAUUUUGUCUUUGCAUGUCAUUUGUGGAUGUAUGUUGUUUAAGCUAUGGCUGUUGAAAUGAUUUUAGUAUUUACAAAAAAUUUUCACUGGUACCAAGGACUGAGUUUUUGUUUGUUUGUUUUUACAUAUAUAUGUAUAUAUCCUUUAGUUUUUCUGAUAGGCUUAUAUUUUUAAGGGAGUAAAUUUGCAUUCUUUCAAAAAGUAGGAACCACCGUCUUUAUAUGGAGCUGCUAAUAUUAUAACCAUUUUCCAUUUAGCUCAUUGACAACCCUGCCUUGAGUGUCAUAGUCUGUUUAUUCCCAGAACUGCUGGUGUUAAACUAAAUGAUUUAUUAAGCAUAAAACUAAAUGGAUUUCCUUCUCUAUUAAUUUCAGAGUUUCUCUAAAUGUUAGUAGGGUUUUUGUAUGUUAGUAGUGCCUUUAGUAUAUAAGAGAUAAAUGUUCAUUUUCUGAUAUUUGUUAUAGUCAUUGUAAGUUUCUACAGUUAUAUUUUCUAAAUUCAGAUGUUUGUUGAUUCCCACCAGAUCCUUAUUGGGAAUGUGUGUUUAUCUGUAGUGGGAUCUUGAGUAAUGAGGCUCAAAUAAUCCUAAGCAUUUGACCUUACUGCCUCACAAGCUAUUUGUUUUAAAAGAAAACAUCUGUCAUGGGAACACAGUACAGAAAAUUAAAGUGUGACAAUAAUAGUAUGUUAACCUCUUAGUAGAAAAUAUGUUAUGCUUUUCAUCUUAGAUAAGUGUGUAAUUUCCAGCAUUUGGGAAUUGCCUCACUCAUCAGCUCUGUCAUCAUUCUAUAAAUAGGAGACAGCCAAUGUCUAUAGUCCAGAGAAAAAAGUACAUGCCACCUUUUGAAAACUCCCAAGAAAAAUUUUAGUACAGAAUGUACCAUUGAACCUGUAGCAUAUUUCCCCAAUGUUCAAGAUAAGCUUGCAAAGAAUUCCAUAUAAAUGGACAGUAAAAGUAUUUUCAUGGGAGUGGGGCAGUAGUGCAGUGGGUUAAGUAAGCGCAGGUGGCACAAAGCACAAGGACUGUCUUAAAGAUCCUGGUUCAAGCACCCAGCUCCCCACCUGCAGGGGAGUCACUUCACAAGAAGUGAAGCAGGUCUGCAGGUGUCUAUCUUUCUUUCCUCCUCUCUGUCCUCCUUCUUCUCUCCAUUUCUCUAUUUCCCUCCUAUACAACAACAACAAUAACUACAACAAUUAAACAAGGGUGGUAAAAAGAGAAUAAAUAAAUAAAUGUUUUUUAAAAAGGUAUUUUCAUUUGUUAAAAAUACAUUAUGCUGAAGGUCAAGACUGGAGAUUAAAAUUUGAGGGAGCUCCACAGUUACUAGAUAGUGGUCAGCAGUCAUCUGUAUUCUUUCCCCUCCUGUACCUCAUUCAGAUAUGGAUCUGCCAGUAAUGCAUGUGCCCAUCUUAUGGGGAAUAAAUUGAAAUUGGAUCCAUUGGUAGUCAUGCCUAGUGGCAACUAGUAUAUCUUUGAGUUGUUGGUCUUUGGGAAACUUACAAUUUUUCCUUUUUGGAUGGGGCAGACUCAAACCACCCAAAAUUUAGAAAUAUGUCCCUUCAUCAUUGAAUCAGUUGUGGACUUUCUCUGAAAGUAUAGGCUGUCUUGAGGAAUAUAAGAGUAUGUUCCCCCAAUUGUUUCCUAGAUGGCUCCCCAGCAGCUAGAGCAGUUAAAAUCCUUCUCACUCAGAUGCUAUUUCAAACUAUUUUUGUUUGAUAAGUUUUGCAUUUUGAAUAAAAUAAUUUUAGAAAUUGAUCUUAUGAUCCUUUCAGGCUCAUUGUUCCUUUUCAGUUUUCCACACUCCCAGAGUCUUAUAAUUUGAAAUAUAAAAUAUAUCACCUAAUUUAUCGUUAUGUGAUGUCUUAGACAUCUGAGACUCAAUUGAAUAAUAUUUCACCUCUAAGUGUGCCAUGGUUUCAAAAUGACAAUUUCCCUGCUUCUCAGAGUGUUUAGUUAUUUUAGAAGUCAAAUAAUGAGGAAAAUUUUUUCUAACAGUGAAAAGAAUAAAGAACUCUUAAUGCAAGUCUUUUUAUUGCUUCUUUCCUUUCUAUGGUCAGGUAUUGACUUGAGUUUUAGGCUGAUAUUCCCAGACUUUGACUCUUUUAAAGUGAGUGGAACAGAAAGGGAGGUGGUUCUAAGGAGGAAGCUAAUGAAACAAGGCACUUAGUCACUGCAUUUCCAGACUAUAAGUUUAUAGUUCAAGAAAAUAGAUAAGUGUUGGAGUCUUUUUCAUUUGCUUACAUCUUAAUCACCUGUUCUAUUUAUAUAAACAACAUCAUACAUUUCCAUAGUGAUUGUCUGAACUACCCAGCUCUCCACUAAAGUAAGUUCUAACAUGCUUUGUCUCAUUAUUCAGAACAUAGUCAGACCAGCUAUGUCAAAUUUCCCAGCUGAUUGAGCUUCCACUGUGCAGGAUAAUUCAUUUAUUGGAGAGAAAUGAAUAUGAAGAGGUACCUUAAACAACAGAGGUUUUUCUUUUUUCUAAAACUAGUGCUGGCACUCAAAGUGUCAGUCUUCUUUAUGUGCAUUUCGUAAGCUUGUCAGUGAAUCAUCAUUUUUUGUAGAACCUUCCUUUCCUGGCCAAGACAAAGCUCACAGUUCCAGAAGUGAUUUUUUUUUUUCUUCAGACUGACCUGCUUCUUCUCUCAGACUUUUCCAUCUUCUGCGAGAAAGCAGCAAGAGAAAACCCUGAAAUAGACAGCAGUAGGUCCAACCUAGUAGGUAAAUGUUUCAGUAUUGCUGGGCUGAGCAGCUAGGACAACACAGAUCCUUCUUGUAAAGAGAAACAAACUGGUGUAAAAUAGUCGCCAUAGUUAAUGCCAGCAGUUGCUGCUGUUUUUGUGAUUGCAUGUGUGUUUAUGUUAGUGAACCAACAAUUAUGCCUUGCUCAUAUGCCACUCAAGUGCAAUUUUCAGUGGAGACUAUUGUUUCCGAAGUUUUACAUAGUUAAACCUGUAAAGAAUUAAUUUUUUCUAACAGUACACCCAUUGCUAUUGGUUAUUUCAGCAAUUGGUAUAUACUGUUUAUUGUCCUGGCCAAAUAAUUUACUUGCAGUAGAUGUUUUAAUAAUCCAAACCCAAAUUCUCAUGCUAUUUCUUAUAAAAUAACACCUAUGGGAAUUUAGCCCACAGUUUGCUUUAAGUCUUUUAUCCUUCCUUUUCCUUGCAGCGAAAGGACCUAUUUUGUUUGGGGUUUUAUUAGUCCUCAAGUCUCUUUCAAUUUAUUUUGCCUGCAACCAGUUGCUUCUUUGAGUGUAUUCAUCUAUUGAUAUAUGAGUAGUGUGCUGUAUUAGCAAAGUAUUGAACAUUUUGUUCAUAUAAACUGUAGUAAGUGUAAUUCAUACAAUAUAAAUUCAUUUCCUUUCUCAUAUAACUUUUAUAAGUAACUGGAAUUUUUCAUUAGAUCUUAUACAGAGCAGUAUUUUAUUAAAAAUUCGAAAGGGAAGACUUUUAUGUGCUCAUUUUGUAGGUUUUGUUUUUUAAAUAUCUUUACAUUGUCUGCAAUUAAAGUGUUUUAAACAUGCAUUGAAUGGACUCUGAAUGUAUUUUUUGUUUUAAGUUGUAUAUUUGUAGAUUUCUAGUAUGUAGUUUCUAGCUUCAAAAUGUUGUGCAAAAGGAUUUCAGAAUAGUCACUGGAGAGGUUAAAUAUCUAUACAUGUUAUAUGCUACAUGAAUUUUAAUUAAAUACUUGAAAAGGA